AUGUUAUCAACCGCGUGUUGUUUCUUGAUAACAUUAUCUAUUUUACCUUCAUCUAACUGUAUAUCUUUUAACAAUUCUUUAAUUUGCUCUUUAUUCAUUUAA